ACGGGGGGACCAGUUAUCUUAUGACAGGCUAGGCGCGGCAGGCCUAUAGCAAAAAAAAGAGUGGAAAAAAUAUAAUCAUGUCUGAAGCAGAAGGAGACGCAGAAGUUGAGAUUGAGGUGGAAAUGGAUGCGGAGACAGCGGCAGAAUCUGACCCUCUCGUCAUGGAGUCCAUUUCAACUCAAGCAGAGACUGCUCCAGUGAAAGAUGAGCCUGUAGUGUUGCCUGACCUUGAGGAGGGGCUGGAGAGCAAGGCAAAGGAGGCGGUGGUGAGGGAGAAGCCACCAUUGGAAGAGUUUGUAGAGCCUGAGGUCACCGUCAUCACAAGUGACAAGGACAAGGACAAGGACAAGCCGAAAGCUGACAAGUCACUCAAUGUCUUUAAGUUGUUUCGCUAUGCUACUGGACUAGACUUCCUCUUAAUGACAGUGGGGGCAGUGUCGGCCAUCAUCCACGGGUCAUCCCUCCCUCUCCUCAUGUUCGUGUUUGGAGAGCUCACCAACACCUUCAUCAACCAGGCCAUAUCACGCAACAUCACCACCAGUUUCAACAAUGGUUCCUAUAACUGCUCAGCCAGCCUCAAUCCACUGUUCUUUAUCAACGAUACGAUCACUGACUUUCUUGGUGAUACAUGUCGUAACAUCUCCCAGCUCACCCCCUCCUCCACGUACUCUGACCUCUUGAUCAACUGUGGUCAACAGAGCCCGUGUGUCGGAAAUGAUGAAUUUAUUGCUACAAUCAAUAAUCAAGUGUUUGCGUUUAUUGGCAUAGCUGUGGGAGUGUUCAUCUUCGCCAAUCUCCAGAUAUCGUUCUUCCAGUUGGCAUGUGAGAGACAGGUGCAGAAGAUACGCCAUCUUUAUUAUCAGGCCAUACUGCGACAGGAGAUUGGCUGGUUUGAUGCUCAUUCAAGCGGGGAACUAGCUACAAGACUAACAGAUGAUGUUGGCAAGAUCCAUGCUGGUAUAGGGGACAAGGUGGCCUUGCUGCUACAAUGGCUGGCUACAUUUGUUGGAGGGUUUGUCAUUGGCUUUGUGAGAGACUGGAGACUCACAUUAGUACUGCUGGGCUUCACUCCCUUCUUGGCCAUCGGUGGCUUCAUCAUGACUAAGGUGAUUGGUCAGUUUGCUAACGAGGAACAGAAAGAGUACGCCUCAGCUGGGGGUGUGGCUGAGGAGGUGUUGGGGGCCAUACGAACUGUGGUGUCAUUCGGAGGAGAGUUCAAAGAAGGUGAUCGCUAUGAUGACAAGCUCAAGCAGGCGCGUAGACUGGGACUCAAGAAAGGACUGUCAGUUGGAGUCAGUUUUGGAUCUGUAUUCUUCCUAUUCUUUGUCGUAGAGUCAGCAGCUUUCUGGUUUGGUGGCUAUCUGAUCUCAGUACAGCUGACCCAGGGUGGAGAUGUCGUGGGCGUGUUCUUUGCUGUGUUGAUAGGAGCCUUUGCACUGGGUCAGGCAGGGCCCUAUAUGGAGAAACUAGUGACAGCUGCCGGUGCUGCCACCACCAUCUUCAACACCAUAGACAGAGAGUCAGAGAUCAACCCAUCCUCAGACAGUGGUCUCAUACCAGACAGUUUUGAUAGUACCAUCGAGUUGAAGGAUGUUGCCUUCUCCUAUCCUAUCAGACCUGAGUUAGAGGUGAUGAGUGGGUUUAGCAUGAAGGUGGACGUGGGCAAGACCUUUGCUCUGGUUGGUGCUAGUGGGUGUGGCAAGAGCACCGUCGUACAACUCAUUCAGAGGUUCUAUGAUGUCAGCCAUGGUCAGGUGUUGGUGGGAGGAGUGGAUGUUCGGGGGCUCAACAUCAAGUGGUUGCGUAACAACAUCGGUGUAGUCUCUCAAGAGCCUGUCCUCUUCGACACUACCAUUGCCGACAAUAUCCGCUAUGGCCGUGACGACGCUACGAUUGAGGAUAUAAAAAACGCAGCAAAGAAUGCCAACGUCCACGAGUUCAUCAACAGCCUUCCUAACGGCUACGACACUUUAGCCGGAGAAAGAGGAACACAACUGAGUGGUGGUCAAAAGCAACGUAUUGCGAUUGCCCGUGCACUGGUGCGUGACCCUAAAAUCCUCCUACUAGACGAAGCCACCUCAGCACUGGACACAGAGAGUGAGAGCAUUGUACAGAAGGCUCUAGACAAGGCACGGGAGGGAAGGACCACUAUUGUGAUCGCUCACAGGCUAUCCACUAUUCAGAGUGCUGAUGUGAUCAUAUCUGUGGAGGCAGGGAGAGUGGUGGAGAUGGGCACUCACUCUGAGCUCAUGGAUAAGGAGGGACUCUACUAUGAUCUAGUCACUGCUCAGUCGUAUACAUCUGAUGAACAGUUUGCACUCGGGGAAGAGGGAGAAGAGGUCAUUAGUCCGGCUCGUUCCUCUGCCCGACAAUCCUCUCGUCGUCGUAAGAGGUCAGGGUCCGUGGGUUCAGUGGGGGAGAAGCCUGCGCUGGGUCGUCAGGAAAGUGCAACACAGAAACAGAUCUCAGUGGCAAAUGUGGAAGAGGGAAAACUCAAGAGACUCACAUCCAAGGUCCAGCAGGAGGAGUGGGACAAGGAGAUACCGGAGGUGUCCUUGCGACGUGUGCUGGCACUGAAUGCAAAGGAAUGGUGGAUCAUCAUCAUCGGGUUGCUAGGGGCCUGCGUCAACGGGUCUAUAUGGCCUCUCUUUGGAAUCCUGUUUGGAGAAGUGCUGAGUGUGUUCCAAGCUCCCCCAAACAUGGUGCUGGAGCGUACCCACCUCUGGGGGGGUCUGUUCCUAGUAUUGGGUGUGGUCUCAGGGAUAGGAAUAUUCUUCAAGACGGUGUGCUUCAGUGUGUCUGGGGAGAACCUCACCUCACGUCUCCGCUCACGCUCAUUCAAGGCCAUGCUACGUCAGGACAUCACAUGGUUUGAUGAUGAGAGGAACUCAAGUGGAGCACUGGUCACACGCCUGGCCAAUGAUGCCUCACAAGUUCAGGGGGCUACUGGAGAGCGUCUGGGGACACUGGUGGAGUCAUUUUUUGGGAUGUUACUUGCUCUCCUUAUCUCAUUCAUCUACAACUGGGUGCUCUCUCUGGUGAUACUGGGAGUGGUCCCGAUAGUCAUGAUUGCAGGAUCACUGGAAGUUCGUGCUAUCACCGGUCAGGCUGGACAGAACAAGAGAGACCUUGAGUCAGCUGGCAAGGUGGCUGUGGACUCUCUUGAGAACAUACGCACUGUAGCUUCUCUAGGGAUUGAGGGCAACUUUAGCAAGCAAUAUGAAUACCAUCUCAGUGGUCCCUACAAGAAAGCCAAACUGAAUGCGUUUGUGUACGGACUCACAUAUGCUAUCUCCCAGUGUGUCAUCUUCCUAAUGUAUGCUGUGGUCUUCCGGUUCGGGGCCUUCCAAGUUACCCUCCCCACGGACAAUGUGGCCUACUUUACGUUUGACAAUGUCUUUGUUGCCUUCUCUGCUCUAAUAUUUGGUGCAGCUGGGGCUGGACAAGCGGCAGCCUUCGCCCCUAACUACGCCAAGGCUAAACUAUCAGCCAAUCGGAUCUUCUUCCUCCUAGACAGGGUCCCGGAGAUAGACGGAUACUCGGAGGAGGGGGAGAAACCUCAGCAGAAUAUAACAGGGUCUGUGUCAGUGAACAGUGUCCACUUCAACUACCCCUCUCGUCCUGAUGUUAAAGUGCUGCAAGGACUAGAGCUAGAGGUCAAACCAGGUCACACGCUGGCUCUGGUCGGGCCUAGUGGGUGUGGCAAGAGCACAGUCGUAUCACUACUGGAGAGGUUCUAUGAUCCUCAAUCUGGGUCACUCUCAUUGGACGGAAAGGAUAUCCGAGAUCUAAAUAUCCGUUGGUUGCGUAGCCAGAUUGGAUUUGUGUCUCAAGAGCCUAUACUAAUGGAUUCCAGUAUUGCCGAUAAUAUCCGGUACGGGGCCAACUUCAGAGAAGUGUCGGGUGAGGAGGUUAUUGAAGCUGCCAAGGCUGCCAAUAUUCACACCUUUGUGGAGACUCUUCCUCAGGGCUACAACACCAACGUGGGAGCUAAAGGAACACAACUGAGUGGUGGUCAGAAGCAACGUAUUGCGAUUGCCCGUGCACUGGUGCGUGACCCUAAGAUCCUCCUACUAGACGAAGCCACCUCGGCACUGGACACAGAGAGUGAGAAGAUUGUCCAGGAUGCUCUGGAUCGGGCCAGGGAAGGUCGCACCUCCAUCGUGAUAGCUCACCGUCUCUCCACCAUCUAUAAUGCUGACUGCAUCAUUGUCAUUAGUGGAGGGAGGGCAGUGGAGGCAGGCACACACUCAGAGCUCAUGGACAAGAAGGGAAUCUAUUAUCGUCUCAAUCGCUAUCAGAUGGUCGAGAAAAAACUCGAAAAAUAAGUUCUGUCAUGAACAAUAUAAAUUAUAGUCAAAGAUUGAACAUGAACUGAUCUAGAUGUUUAUAUGAAACUAUCGUCUAGCUGUAGAUACAGUUGUGUUAGUUGCAUUAGAUACAGUUGUGUUAGUUGCAUUGUGUUAGUUGCAUUAGAUAUAGUUGUGUUAGUUGCAUUAGGUUGUAUUUAUAAUGUGUUACAUGUACUGUCAAA